AAUGUGGUCAGAAGGAGACAACAGUGAAACUUUCUCUUUCGUGUUCUUGUUUUUCCUGCAGAGGUUCAGUGAAUUCUUUUUUUACGGGGACCCAACUGCAUCCCUGAUGACCCUCUGAGUGCUGCAGACGUGCCGGUUCCUGGGCUCGGUGCAUGGGGAGGUUUUUAGGGCUUUCUGCUUCACCAGAAGGACCCCCGCCUGCUGUGAGACAGCAGCACAAACCCAUGGUUCAACCGCCAGCAGCAAUCAAGUCAUCUCUAAACCAGCACCACUCCACCCUUCCUGGGGCAGCAAAACACCUGCAGGGACGGAUGGGUGGAGGUGGCACAGCAGUGGGGCUGGCAGUGUCCACCUGCCCGCCAGAACCUGCCCCACAGAUUGCUUUGUUGGGCUGUGACUGGGGGCUGGAUGGGUCUGGGGGGUCUGGGGUUUGUCCCCAGGUCUGGGUGAUGGAAUGGGGCAGCUGUGGGGCAGCUUUGAGCAAACUUUAGUCUUCAUCUGCAGGAAAGAGAUGAGAGAUGCUGCAGGACGGGGUGUCCUUCUCCUCCCCCCUGAAUUUCAGAGAACCUCUGAACUGAAAUAGCAGAGAGAGGCAUCAAGAUAAAGCUGGUGUUUGUGCAGAUCGCGAUGGGGAGAUGGGGCAGAGAACAGGAACUCGGCCUGGAGGAGGGGGGCUGAGUGCUGUGUGGGGAGGACACCACACGGGUUGUGUUAGUGCUGAGCAGGGGGGACCCAUGGGGUGACCCAAGUGUCCCUGGUCUCAUCGGGCUGCGGGGGCAAAGAGCUCAGUGCCAUCAGGUGCCUCCUUCCCACAGCUGCUCGGAUGCCAUUCGCUAUUUGAGGAGCUGCUCCAGGCCCUAGCAGGGCGCAUCCCUUCAGCCCUUGACCUUCAUCUCCGCCUGCUCCAUCCUCUGCCUCCCACAGCUGAUGUUUGGCUCAGGCAAAGCUGAGAACUCGGAGGGGUUUGUGAGGCUCCCGCCGCCCCUUUGGGACUGAACUCUUUGCACCAAGGGCUGAGCGCCCCACGCUCUGCCUUCCCCCUGCUUAGGGCUCAUUCUUCCUGCUGAUUUCCACUCCUUGAAUCUCAGGGCCACCCGCUGACCUUAUCAGCACGAGCUCCGCUAACGGUGAAGCCAAACUGACACCAGCAGCUGAAAGGACCAACGUGGAGCCUGGAGCUCCGCUUCCCACCAGAACCGCUUCUGUUGCGCACCAUUCCCUGCAGGAGGAAACAUCCUUUGCAUUUUCCAUGCGCCUGCGCCGCGGUCCAGGAGAAAUCCUCAGAUCCCACAGCGGUGUGAGACGGCCCAGCUCUGCCCUGGGGGCUUCUCCAUGACUCCGGGUAGCAGCCUCACUGCUUUCACCCUCCUCAUUACCUACUGCACCGGGCCUCCGACGAGCAGCUGGGGAGCAGCGCUGGCUGCUGUGCCUCAUCCUGGCAGCACGAGCCAUGUCAGCACUCUGGGGCUGGCAGAUGGGGCUUUGACUCCCAUCUCUGCCCCGGACUCAGCACUGCCUCCAGCCCUCAAACAGAGGCUCGGCUCUGCUCCAAACCUCACCUGAGCCCUCGGUGCUCAGAAUUCGGACGGCCCAGGGCUGAGCUGGAUGCUGAAUCGUUCAUUCUCCCUUUCUGCUCAAUAUCCCGAGCUCAGAAUGGACCUCCUCGACAGGAAGGGCUCCUGCUUGCAGCUGGCCGCCAUGCGGAACGUGAACAUCAUCCUGCAGCACUACAACUUCUCUGGCAAGCUGACCAACCGGCCUUCCCAGGAUGAGGGCAUGGGCCUCAUCCGCACCAUCUUCGUCAUCGUCAGCUGUGCCAUCAUCCUGGAGAACCUGCUGGUGCUGCUGGCCGUGCUGCGCUGCCUGCGGGCACGCCGCUGGGUCUACUCCUGCAUCGCCAGCAUCACCAUCAGCGACCUGCUGGCCGGCAUCGCCUACCUCUCCAACCUCUGCCUCUCAGGCAAGAAGACCUUCCAGCUGUCCCCUCAGCUCUGGUUCCUGCGGGAGGGCAUCCUCUUCAUCGCUCUGGCUGCCUCCACCUUCAGCUUGCUGGUGACGGCCAUCGAGAGGUACAGCGCCAUGGUGCGGCCGAUCGCUGAGAACGAGGCCAGCAAGACGCUGCGCCUGCGCGGCCUCAUCGUGUUCUGCUGGCUGCUGGCCUUCGUCAUCGGGCUGCUCCCGCUGCUGGGAUGGAACUGCCUCUGUGAUUUCAGCACCUGCUCCAUUCUCCUGCCCCUCUACUCCAAGAACUACAUCCUCUUCUCUGUGGUCAUGUUCAGCAUCAUCCUGCUGGGCAUCAUCGGCCUCUACAUCUCCAUCUUCCAGCUGGUCCAGGCCAGCUCGAGGCAAACCACCUCUCGGCACAGCCGCAAGCGCUCACUCCGUCUGCUCAAGACGGUGCUGAUGAUCCUGGGCGCCUUCAUCAUCUGCUGGAGCCCCCUCUUUGCCCUGAUGCUGUUCGAUGUGUUCUGUGAGACGCACACCUGCAGGCAGCUGCACAGCCUGGACUGGACCUUGGCUCUGGCCAUGCUCAACUCGGGCAUAAACCCCAUCAUUUACUCACUGCGGAGCGUGGAGGUGCGCCGCGCCGUGUGCAGCCUGCUGUGCUGCUGCUGCGUCAGGAUCGGGCUCUGCAAGCCUGGGAACUGCCCGGUCAUCACCGACAUCAACUCGGGUUCAUCCACUGAGAGCUCCCUGCGCUACCGGGAGAGCUUCCGCAGCCCCAUAGCCCCGAUCCCACGGCCCAGAGCACCUCUCUCCAGCAACUCCAGCAUGAUGAGCAAUCUGCCCAGUCUCUGAGAGGCCAAAAGUGGCCCAGAGAUCCCACUGGGACCUCAGGGUGCUGGGUGCGGCUGUCAGAACUGUGUCAGAUGCUGUCCCACCCCCGCUGCUGACUGUGGCCAGGCUUUGAGCAGGAGGUGGCAUAGAAACGUGCUCCUGGAGGGCAGUGAGGGAUACAGGCACAGGCUGGGACAGACGCUCUGCUCAAUGGAUGCUGUGCUGGGGUAGGACUGGGUGCUGCUCCAUGUCUGCACAUAUACAGCUGCUGUACCUGCUCUGGUGAGGGCAUUUAGCCCCAUGGCGCCCCAUGGCACAGAGAUGGCACUCCCCACUUGGACUUGUAGGGGUUAUCAGCAGCAGAGAACUGAGGGUUGCAGGAAAUUGGACCACUGCAGCCACGUCUGCACCCACUGCUGCCCAAGGCUCAGCUCCGCAGCCCCGGCCUGCGGGACAAAGCAGCAGGAGGGCUUCCGAGGUGCUGCAAGGCCCCGGGCAGGAGCGGGGCGCUGAGAUACACAGACACGGGAAGGGCGGCUCCAGGGGCGGGCAGAGCGCUGUGCUGUGUGAGCUGCGCAGGGCAAUGCUCCUGGGAAGGGGCGUUCUGCAGACCGGUGUUAUGAAGGAGAACAGCACCCAAUCACUCUCCAUCGCCGUGCGGGAAGCCAAGGCCAGCCAGGCCCUGCGGAGAAGCUUAAAACCUUACAAUAAAAUCAUCGGGCAGGAAGCCCGCCUUUGGUGCGCUUUUAUUCCGUCUCGGGCGCGAGGCAGCUCGGAUCCCACAGGAGGAGGUGCAGUGCCGCCCCCUACGGCAGCCGCUAGGGCACGGAGCCGGAGAUGGGCCCGCACGGUGCCCCCGAUCCCCGCAGGGCCGGAGGGACCCGGCGCCUGCUCC